AUGACCUCAGCACAAGACGUACAGAUCCUCCUCCGCUUCCUAUCGCAAGACGCUAAGGUACCCCUCGCCCAAGCGCUAUCCAAAGUCAAAGACUUGCAAGCGGCGAGCCUCAACACUCCAUCAGAUCUCUCCAAUUCAUCCCAUGAAACACUAAAAUCCAUAUUCGCGGACGAGAAGGUCGCGCGCCAAGUGCUCAAUGCUGCAAAACGACAAUCCAAAAAGCGAUCGGCAGACACUUCCUCAGUUGCAUCUGCGCCUACAGCAAAAAGAGCGAAACCGACAUAUGGACAACCCCUCAAUGGCGCGGAUCUUGAGGCUUCUCUAGCGCUCCCAGAGCCAGAACUAGAUGAGAAGAAAGUCGGUUCAGCUGUCGUCUACACAAAUCGUGCGCCACUCGUUCUCGCCUUUGCGGUAACACUACUCAAGUUUACAAUGCCUGGCCAACCUAUAUCCAGUCGCCUCAGUCUAGCACAAGCGGUCACUUCUAUGAAUAGCAAAUCAAAAGCCGUGCAUAUCGGAAUUGACAAGGACCAGCCUGCUGAAGAAGAAGGCUGGGGAGAAGGACAGCCUUUGCUGCGGAUCAUGACGAGAGAGGUCAGAGUAAUGAAGAGGUGGGGCUAUGAGUGGGAAGGUAGCGAUGAUACGACACAGCAAAAGAUCAAGUCUGAGCCGGACGUUUCGCAUGGUGAGAAAGAGGAAAACAAAGCGAAGAAAGAUGAGGUGGAGAGGGAGAGGGAGAUUGCGCUAUGGGGUGUGGAUCUUGAAGCGCUCAGGAAGGCGCAGACCUCCAGAAACGGUUCAAGCAAUCUGCCUAUAUAUCCCGCGCAAAGUGCAAGGGCGUAUCUGAUGAAGGCGUUCGAGACACCUGCCGCAGAGGCAGUGCCGAAGCCAAAGGGCAAGCGAACAGCUGCUGUCAUUGCAGCAGAGAAAGAGCACAAUCUUAGUCUUCUGUUAGGCGCGCUGGAACUACUCUAUGAAUCAUGGGCAAAAGUACUCGAUAAGGAUGACCUAGACAAACGGGCUUGGGGCUGGUAUGUCCGCGUUCGACCGGAUGUAGCUCAAGGCGCUGCAGGCUGGGGUGGAAAGGGCAAUGUGAAACUAUCAGAUAUCCUAGCCCUGAGAAGGCUUCCGAGCUAG